AUGGGGCAGCAACCGUCUACUCCAAAGAUAACAGCUCAAGACAGGGCUAUCUUCCAAUUAAAACAACAAAGAGAUAAGUUGAAGCAAUACCAGACCAAGCUUACAUCUGUAAUUGAAAGGCAAAAUCAACUUGCAAAGCAAGCUAUCACUAAAAAGGAUCCCGAAAGAGCCAAAUUUUUCUUAAGAUCAAAGAGACAACAAGAGACGACCAUUAGCAGAACCUAUGAGCAAUUAGAUAACUUGGAAAAGUUGAUCGGAACGAUAGAGUUCAAGAGCAUCGAAAAGGAUGUGAUUUAUGGGUUACAACAGGGUAACGAAGUAUUGAAGAAAUUGAAUUCAGAAAUGAGCAUGGAUAAAAUAGAUAAGGUUUUGGAUGACUUGGAGGAUGAAAGAGUAAAGGUGGAUGAGGUACUGGAUAUGUUGGGAAUGGGUUCUUUGACCAAUGGUGAUGAACAGGAAGUUGAUGAGGAGUUGGAGAGAUUGGAGCUUGAGGUUAACGGUAAGAAAACUGCGAACGAGCCAACAAAGGUCAAUCUUCCUGACGUUCCCGUUGAUGUUCCAGAUAGUUUGGAACUUCCUGAAGUUCCUGUUUCGGUAAAAUUACCAGAAGUCCCAACUGGUAUCCCUGCUGAGGAUCCCCUGCAGCGGAAGGAGGAGCACGAACCAAUAGCAGCCUAA